GUUAGUGGACUAAACAGGAAAAACUAAAUUUUUUACUGUUAAAAAUGCUAAUUUCCUGUAAAAAGCCACAGUGCAUCAUUUAUUUAGUUGUCUUUCAUAACAGAACAGUUCCCUGUCCUUGUGCUGCUCACAAAGGGAGGCCUCCUGCUCAUGUUACUCGUUCCUGCCAGAUCCUCUCUGAUAACAGAAAGAAACUCUCUAGCAGAGUGUAGCGCCUGUAUCGACUUUUCCAGUGAUGCAUUUGAGACAGAAUUGCCUUUCCACGAGUUUCCCUGCAGGACAAAAACACCCUGCAGUGCAGCAUGAGGACCUGAAGGCUGUCGGACUCAACAACGGAUGGAGUCGUCGUCUUCUGCCACACACAGGAUGCAGUGAUCUCACUGCUGCGUCACAGUGGAGCCGGUGGAGGAGGGGCGGUGCAGCGGCGGAGACACAGACCUUCUCCCACAGAGGACAGAGGAACAUCAGCCAUGAAGCAGCUUCCCAUCAUCAUCCUCCUGACGCUGGCCACCUGCAGACUCACCAGCUCAGAAACUGUGGGUCCCACACCGACGCCACUGGGUCCGGUCAGCUCUCUUCCAAUGAACACCAAGAGCGUCCACCUCACAGGCGACAAUAAAAUUGAGAAUGUUGAGCUGCUGAAUCCUGUCAAUCUGUCGAUGGAGUGCAUCUGGACUGGGAACCAGAACAAUCAGCCCAACAUCACUGGUUACUGGAGAAAAGGCGGAGUGGAGAUUCAGGACAGCCGAGUCCCAGUGGACCCAGAGAACCAGCAGUACACACUCAGACGAGUGUUCAACAUUGCGAGUGAGGAACACCUUGGAAAUUACACCUGUGUGUUUGAAAAUGAAGCAGAACUAGAUUUUAUUUUGGCAGUGCCGCAGAUCGGUGAGAAAAGAGAGAAGCCCAUCGUCUCCUAUGUGGGCGACUUUGUGAUUCUGACAUGCAAGAUGGAGGACAGCAAACCAGCACCAAGAACCUGGUACUGGUUUAAGAACAAUGGCACCAAUAAGGAGCAGCUGUUCGAAGCUCAACGCUACGACAUCACCGUCGACGGGCGCAACACGAAGCUGAAGGUCAAGGACGUGAGCGAAGCCGACUCCGGCGUGUAUCACUGCGCCGCCGUGUACAACAUCAGCACCAGCACCAACAAAAUGCACCUGAAGGUUAUUACCAUCUGGGAGCCAUUGAAGCCUUUCUUAAGCAUCCUGGUUGAAGUUGUCAUCUUGGUUACUGCGAUUCUCAUCUAUGAGAGGAGUCACUCCAAGAAAAAGGAAGCAGAAGCUAAUGGUCCGAAUGCUGACCCAAAGCCACAGGGUGAAGACGACGAAGCUGAGGAAAGCUCCUCAGUGAGGCAGCGCAAAACCUAAAAGACGUCUGCAGCAGCAAAUUCAAGCAUCUAUGACACUCUUAUUUUAUUUCUGAAUGUUAAAAGCUUAUAUAGCAAAAUAUAAACAGCUAUUUUUUUGUAAAUGUCUUCGUCCUGAACACCAGCUAAGUGCAAUGACCAUCAUCUAAUCAAGUAAUACACUCAGAGCUUUCUGGUCUCACGUUCACUGACCAACAUGUUUCCUGUUGUCAGCGUUUUGCAUUCCUCUCCCUCCGGCUGUGUUUCAAACUGAGGUUGUCUUCACACGUUUCCGGUGCAGCAUCUGCCACAAACGGAAGCCGCCCUGCAUUUCAGCUGUGAUGUAAUGAGUUGUGGUUUGUGAGCAGUGCCUUAACCCUCUCAAAAAGCAACUGACUCGCUGCGUUUCCAUGGAAAACAGAUGUUCUGCAAUGUCGAAUAAAAUGUUUUUAAUUUAAAUUAAAAUCACUCGUGAAUAGGCUUGUUCACGCGAUAAGUCACUAAAAUAAUCAUCUAUUAGAGGAAACGUCCAGGCCUUGGAGUGAUUACAUAUGUAGCGUUUUUUUUUUUUCGGAAAUUAUAGAUUUUGAUAUGGAUUCAACAAUUUCAAAUGACUCACCACUUUUUAUGAACUGGGUGAUAAUGUGAGGUGGAGUCAACUGCACAUUGUCUGAAAAAUAAAAACAAAAACAGCCAUCCUAAUGCUACUUCCUGUCGUCUUCUUCCUCUUUUCCACCAGUGAUAACAUCCGGCUGUUGUUGAUCCAGACUCAAGUGAUAGAAAAACCUGUAAAGAAAAUGUUUUUUCGUCUUGAAUUAGCACGUCGCCAUUUUGUAAUUCCAAUUUGCUCGAUGGAAACGGAGCUGGUGUUCUCCUGGCCAGCAAUGAUUUUAUUUAUUUCUGAAUUUAGGUUUGUUUUUGUGAGCUUUGGAAGUGACGUCAUAUUAAAAUACUUGUGCAUCAUUGUCACGUCAACAUAUUCAGCCUUCACUGUUUAUGCAAGUAAUGAUAUUAAAGCUCCACAAAUUAAAGUU